AUGUUGUGUGGUGUUCAGGCAUUUGUUAUUUUUGUUUUAAAAUAUAACCUUAUAGCGGCAUUGAGUUUGAAUACACUUCCAGAGGACCCAAAAUUAAACUUUACUGGCCUCGCUACUAAACAUGGACUUCCGCCUAUUGAAUACAAAGUGAUUACAGAAGACCACUACAUAUUAACACUUUAUCGCCUUCCUGGAACAAGCCGAUACCCGGUAUUGCUAAUGCAUGGCAUUAGUGAUUCUUCAGAUACCUUUCUACUGCGAGAAGAAACUUCUCUUGGGAUCACUUUAGCAAGAGACGGCUACGACGUCUGGUUUGGGAACUCGAGGGGAAACAGAUACUCUCGUGAACACGUCUAUUUAAAUCCUGAUAAAAAUGACACUUAUUGGGACUUCAGCUUCCAUGAAAUGGGAUAUUACGAUCUUCCAGCUAUAAUUGAUAUAAUAUUAAAUGAAACAGGAGCCCCGAGCGUGACUGCAAUUGGUCAUUCUCAAGGAAAUACUAUUUUUUAUGUUCUUGGUUCUACUAGAAGAGAGUAUAAUUCUAAGAUAAAUGUGAUGAUCGCCCUCGCACCUAUAUCCUAUUUACAUCAUAGUAUUAUUGUAUCACCAUUAAUACCUAUUUCACCUGUAAUUGAAGCGAUUGUUAAUGAGCUUAAAAUAAAUGAGUUUCUAGGUGACAAUAGUGUUAUUACCAGAAUUUUAAGACGGGUCUGCCCUGUUCCAGUCAUUGGUUACGCGGUAUGUAUAUUAGGUAUAAUGUUCCCUAUAAGUGGCUACGAUCCUGCGGAAUUGGGGGAGAGUUUUGUUCCUAUAUUUGGUGAGCAUUUUCCAACAGGUACUUCUGCGAAGGACUUUCUUCAUUUCUUACAAGUGGGAAAAAAUAAAAAAUUUGCUAGAUAUGAUUAUGGAACGCAGAUGAACCAGGCUGUUUACAACUCGACGAACCCGCCAAUUUAUGAUCUAGAAAAGGUCACCAUGCCCAUCGCUUUACUUGCUGGUAAAAACGACUUCUUAUCAUCUUUAGAGGAUGUGGCUAUAUUAAGAAAGCAGUUACCUAACGUGGUCUACUACCUUGUAAACCCCCGUUCACAGAUGAACCAUUUGGAUUAUAUUUGGGUCGUAGCAGCACUGAUCACCUGCUCUCUACUGCGGUGGGAAAGCGAGAGCUCGUCGCUGGGCGUGAGCGUGGGCAUCAUGGGCGGGGCUCUUCUGGUGAUUCUGCUAGUGUUGUACCGACAGCCGAGAGGCAGUGUUGCUAACCUCAGCUUUAAGGUGCCAUUAGUGCCGCUAGUGCCAUUCCUGAGCGUAUGCCUGAACGUGUACCUGAUGGUGCAACUCCACUACCAGACCUGGGUGCGCUUCAUCAUAUGGCUAGGCUAUUGG